CAGGUGGGUGGAGGCACCAGGCCAUCUCAGAAGGCCAGUGGCUCGCCAAGUGGUGAAGCAGUCCCGCACCUGCAGCCUCCAGCACCAUGGGGACAGGGCGACGCAGCCAGUCCUUGCGAGGACCACGGCCCUCCUACGGCAAGCUCCAAGAGCCCUGGGGGAGGCCCGCGGAAGGCCGACUGCGCCGGGCGCUGAGCCUCAGACAGGGCCGUGAGAAGUCCCGGUCCUCGGAUGGAGGCCCAGAAAGGCUGGACACCCCCGGUCAGGAGCGGCCGCCCGGGAGCCUGGGGGACACGGAGCAGCUGAUCCAGGCUGAGCAAGAUGGCAGCCAGAGGUGGCUGAGGCAGUACCAGCAGGUGGAACAGCAUCUGAAACCCACUGCUCAGUGGAAGGACCUGGGCUCUGAUCUCAACCCCUCCUCUGUCUUCCAGAAGAUCAGGAGAAGGUGGGAGAGCUUUGUCACCAGCUUCCCCAACGUGACCCUGAGCCGGUCAGCCUCCCCACAGCCCCCACUGGGCACCACCAGCUAAGGAGGCCACGAGCGGUGGGGACGCUCACUGCACCCGGAUGAGACAGCACGCCUGCUGACCGACCUCUCCAUUGCCCUCUGGACUGUGAAUGGGGUGACAGACUCUAUAUGGACUGUUCCCGCCUUCCCUAGUGGCGCGCCCAGGCCUCCGCCACCAGGACAGAACUCGGUGAAGCCAGACCCACGGCUGAGAGGCUCUGGCACAUCACCUGGUCACUGGGCCAUGCCCGACCCACCCUUUUCAGCGGCUGUCAGCAGUGGGUGGGGCCUGGGCCUCCCUCCCCGACGGUGAGCCCAUCCCCAGGGCAAGGACCACGUCUGGCCUGUGUCUUGUCGCGUGUUGUCGCUGUCCUCACAGUCUCCCGAUGAAGGAAGUCCCUCCCUGCUAGACAGAGGGGAGAACUAAGGCCCGGAGGGGGGAAGGGAUUGCUGUCAUUGGCAUCUCUGGCCCCACCCAUACCCAAUGCCCAACACUGCGUUGAACACAGGAAUAAAGGUUGCCGAGGUGAAGUAAA